AUGUACAACGACAUCAUCGCAGCUCUGGAGCAGGCGGCUAAAGACGACUCGGUCAUCACCGUUUUCACAGGUGCCGGUGAUUUCUACUGCAGCGGUAAUGACCUGUCCAACUUCACCAAGAUCCCCGAGGGGGGGGUGGACGAGAUGGCCAAGCAGGGGGGGACCUGCUCAGGUGAUCAUCAGCUGACGGAGUACGUGAAGGCGUACAUAGACUUCCCGAAGCCGCUGGUUGCCGUGGUGAACGGACCGGCUGUGGGCAUCUCAGUCACGGUGUUGGGACUCUUUGACCUGGUCUACGCUACAGACAGGGCCACCUUCCACACUCCGUUCAGUCAGCUGGGUCAGAGCGCUGAAGGCUGCUCCUCCUACACCUUCCCCAAAAUCAUGGGCAACGCCAAGGCCAGCGAGAUGCUGCUGUUCAACAAGAAGCUGACAGCAGCUCAGGCCUGUGAGCUCGGCCUCGUCUCCGAGGUUUUCCCCGACAGCAGCUUCCAGUCGGAGGUCUGGAGCCGCCUGAAGGCCUACGCCAAGCUGCCCCCCAACUCUCUGGCUCUCUCUAAACAGCUGAUCCGAUCGAUGGAGAAGGAUCGUCUCCACGCGGUGAACGAUGCCGAGGUGGAGCGUCUGAUGGAGCGAUGGACGUCAGACGAGUGUUUCAACGCCGUCAUGAGUUUCUUCCAGGCCAAGGCCAAACUCUGAGACAAGACUCGGCCUCUACAAACCAACACCCGUCGGAUCACCAGAGCGCCCGCGGUGAGUUUAAAGUCUCCAGAUGUUUCUCCAGAGGCCAGAUGUGAUGACGACUGAUCCUGGAGCAGCUCCUGGUUACAUCUCGGUGGGAACCAACCUCUCACAGCUGGGAUGGUACUGAGUACAUGUACUUACAUGAAAAUAUGAAUGAAACUAGCCAAUAGAACUGCCUACAAGUCCUGAACUGAGUGUGUGUGUGUGUGUGUGUGUGUGUGUGUGUGUGUGUGUGUGUGUGUGUGUGUGUGUGUGUG